AUGAAAGUAGCAUUAUUCAUAAUUUUAGGAAAAUUAUUUUCAACUCUGAGCUUGCAGUUCACAACACAAUCAGCGGUGCAUUAUCCAAAUGGAACCGAUGUGAAUCAGGUGCAAAAUGUUACUGUAAAUCAAGCAGUCCAAAUUCUAGAAAAUGCCAACGGAACACACCCGGAAGAGAGUAAACAAUUGUUAAAACGUUUGAAGUGGUUAAUUAAUACGUUUAACAUCACUAAGCUAGUUUUGGACCGUGGACCUUUUAAUGUGACCCACACAAACGUGUCUAACAUCCACACCGGUCGCAGUGGAGGAAGUACCUUGGAAGAAAAUUCUGAAGACGGCUUUUUACAUGUUAAAUACGCUAUAUUAAAAUUUUCACGUUUUACAUCGUCAACAGUCUCGCCGCAACCAGUCGAAGAAAAGCAACUGAGCGAAGCUUUGAUUCGCAGUGAAAAGAUCGCACAAAUAAUGGUUACUGAGAGCUUUGACUCUGACCGUUGA